AAGAAAUCGAAUCAAGAACUCAACUUUCCCCGUUCUUCGAAUCGUGAGAGAGAGAGAACGAACAAGUGCAAAAGAAGUGGAUUUUGUGGCUAAAUUCGCAAGAGAAGAGUGAAUCGGUGAAGAAUCAAGUCGAGAUGAGUGUCUCGGUGAAAGUGAAAUGCUUUCACUCUGGUCGGUUUAAAGAUGAAGGUGGAUUGUGUUAUGUAGAUGGAACCGUCGACGAGUUCGAGUUGGAUGCGGAUUCUCUUUUCACGAACUUGGUAAUGAAGAUGUUUGAGAAAAGGAUAGUGAUUGGGAAGUUGUGGUUCAAGCUACCAUUCCAUGAGUUGGAAGAUAGGAAACCUUUAUUUGAAAAUGUCGAAGCCAAUAAGAAGAGAAUGGAAUCUUCAGCGCGUUGGUACAAGGAGCUCGACAUCUAUGUAGAGAGAGAUAGGGUUGUUCUAGCUGAAGAAGGUAGCACGAAUGUUGGAGUUCAAGAAAGGGUUAUGAACGUUGAACCAGAAGAAGAGGGUCUGCAUGAUAGAGCUGAAAAACAGUGUGAGAAGCUCUGUGAAAAGCUGGCUGAAAAGAAUUCUGAGACGGGUUUGAUGUUUGAUGAAGAUGAAGAUGAGGCGUUAGACACUUUGUAUGAUCCUCUUGCAGACGACUCGGAUGAUGAGAAGUGUUCAGAAGAUGCCUUGUCAGAAUCUUCAGAAUCGAAUGAUGAGGCGGAAGUUGUUGAAGAGGAUAUAGUAGACAUCGACAAUGUGAACUAUGAGGAACAGAUACCAGACGAAGAUGAGGUGUACCCUGCUACAGACGAUUCAUCUGGUGAUGAAGAAGAACAAGCUGAGAGAUUAGUGCAAGGGGUUUACCGGAUGGAAUGGGAAAAGACUAAGCUUGGUGCAAAGUGUGGUGAAAAGAAUUGUGGAUGGAGGAUAUAUUGCUCUGUUGAAGAACCUAUCGGCAAAUGGAUGGUUAAGGUAUAUGAAGAUGAGCAUCAAUGUCAUCCUGUGGGGCGGUGCAAGCUUAUCAAGAGCCCUGUUGUUGCUGAUUUGUUUCUUGAAGAUAUAAGGCGAGAUCCAGAGAUGAGUGCACCGGAGAUCAAAGAUGAAAUGAAAAGGAGAUACAACAUUAUCAUCUCGCCUGCUCAGUCACAAGUUGCUAGAAGACUGAUUUUCGAUAAGUUGCAAGCUGAAACUGAUGAACAAUUUGCAAGACUUAGAGACUACGAGCAUGAAAUCAAGAGGACCAACAAAAACACUACUGUGGAGAUCAACACAACUCGUAGAGAAGAUGGAAGUGAAGCAUUUUCACAAAUGUACUUAUGCUUUGCGGCUCUAAAGACUUCAUGGAAGCAACACUGCAGACCAAUAUACCCGAUAGCGUGGGCUGUAGUUUCUUCUGAAAAUAAUGAUAAUUGGGAGUGGUUUAUCCACAAAGUCAAGGUCGACUUGGACUUGGGUGAAGGCGAUGAGAUCACAAUAAUAUCUGAUAUGCACAGAAGUUUGAUCCACGGUGUUGCUACUGAGUUGCCAAAGGCAGAGCAUCGGGCUUGUGCAAGACAUAUCUACGCCAAUCUGAAGAAACUGCACAAGUCAGACACACUGAAGCCAAUGUUUUGGAGGGUCGCAAGCAGCUACAAUGAAGCUGAUUUCAAGCAAAAUUUAGCUGCAUUUAGAGAGUUUGACCCCUUGGCAUGUGAUGAGCUCCUUAAGAGAGACCACCGGACUUGGUGUAGGGCGUUUUUUAGGAUUGGUUGCUGUUGUGCAGACACACACAACAACUUGACAGAGUCCUUUAAUAGGACUCUAAAGGUGGCACGGAAGAAACCUUUUGUCCAGAUGUUAGAGCUGAUAAGGAGAGAUGCAAUGCAAAGGAUUGCCAACCGCUUUGAACUAGCUCGUAAGGAACCUGCAAGGCAUACUAAGAAAGCAAGAAAGGAGGUUGAGAAGUCGUGUGAUGAAGCUCAACACUGUCGUUCUGUCUCUAGCACUGGUGGGAGGUAUGAGGUUGUUGAGGGAACUAAUGGAUACUCGGUGAAAUUGCACAAGAGGACAUGUGCGUGUAGAAAGUGGGAUCUAACUGGGAUUCCAUGUCGUCAUGCUGUGUGUGCGAUCAGGGAGAACACAGGCUUGGUUGAAGACUACAUAUCUGAUUACUACACGACCGAGAAAUGGAGAGAGACUUAUCGAAGAGAUUUGAAGCCGGUCAAUGGACCAAAAUUUUGGGUUGAGUGUGGAGGAGGACGCAUUGUUGGACCACCUUACAAACGUCCUCCAGGAAGACCUAAGGGAAAAGCUAGGAUCAAAGGAGUACAUGAGUCACCCUCAAAAAAGAGGGUUGGUCGCAAAGGAAGGGUACCACACUGUGGUAUUUGCAGUGAGAAAGGUCAUAACUCAAGGACAUGCCCCACUGAGUCUCCGGAGACCAGGGAAAAACGAAGACGGCUAAGUAAGCAAUGUGAAGAAGAUGCUGAAGAAGCAGCUGCAAGGAAUGGUCAAGAUGAAGCAAACGAUGAAGCUCAGGAAACAGCUGAAAUGGAAGCUGAUUUGGCAGCUCAAAUGGAAGAUCAAGUAGAAGUUGAGUUUAUUUCUUCUACUGCACCUCAGCCAAGCCAACCAAGCCAAGGAAACCAAGCACCACAACGAAACCUCAGAAGAAGCAGUCGCUUGGCAGCUUUGCUUUUCGGUUGAAGGGAGGUUUAUCCUUUUUUUGAAAAACAAUUUACAUGUGGUAACAUGUUCUCGGGUACCUUAUUAGGAUUGUUUUACAUGUUUUAACAUGUCCUCGGAAAGCUUCUUUUUUCAUGUUCUAUCAUGUUAACGAUGAUGUAAUGUUUAAACUUCAACUAUGUAUUCCAUUUUGAACUGGUUUAUCUACUUCUAGUUUAUGAUUAUAGUUUGUCAUUCUAAGCUUCUUAUAAAUGUAAAACAUCUCAAUACUAGCCUAAAAUAUCAUCACAUUACACAUUCAUCAUUCAUUACAUAACCAGUUUUUUUUAGAAACAUAAGACUCAUUCAUCACAUAACUAGUCUUUAGAAAGGAAAAGAAACAGAAGACUCAACACUCUUAAUCACUAACAAUACAACACAGUUUCAGAAACUUAUUCUUCCAACCAAGGUUGGGGUUCAAACGUUUCAUCUCAUCUUCACUUCCAUUUGAUUUUGCAGCCUCUUUCUUCUCCAAUUCCAUAGAAAGUUCCAAAUUUCUAUUUCUCAGUUCAUUGAUCACUCUUCUUUUCUCUCUAAUUUCAUCUCUAGCUUCAAUCAACGCUCUUUUUGGCCACCCAGUGACUUCUCCUUCAUCGAACCAUUCAAAGAAUUUGCAGUGUUCAUUGCCCAUUUCCUAUACCCAAAUACAUACAAGAUGUACUCACUCCAAAAAAAAUAGUAACCAAUUGUGAGCAGAAGAAUUGUGUACCUUAUACAGUUCACAACCAAAAAAUUUUCGCCCAGGAUUCUUAUUUGUCCACGCAGUGAAAAUCUUGGCGGGCAACCCACAGUCACACAUUCUUCUGCCUCCAAUAGAUCUGCUCCGCCUAAAACUCGAAGAUUCAGCGUUGUAAGUCAUCGUCUCACACUCUCGGGUCUUCGUCUUCCUCUUGUAACUCAGUAGCCUCUGUUUCUUUUUUUCUUGUUGAGAGAAGGAGAUAAAGGUCUGAGAGACCAGAUUUUAGAUUUAGGUUAAAUCUGGGUCGGGUUUAUGGUUAAUUAAGGGUGGGUCGGGUUUUUUUAAAAACCGGGUAAAUCGGGUUCGGUUUUAUUGUUCCGAAGAGAUUAACCGGGUUCCGACGAGGUUAAGUGGGUUUGUGAUGUUAAACACAUAAUUUUUUGCUAAUCAUCACAUGUCGUUAUGUGCGACAUAUACUUCGUGUAGGUUUCGAUACAUUUGUUUACUCUGGAUGGUUGGCCAUGUGAUGCUGCAUAG